AUGUUCCAAAAUAACCCACUGUCAAUCAGCCGUAAACGAGUCUUUGAUUCCGUCUUCCUUUCGGCUCCAUUAAGCAGCAUAUCCCCAACCCCAAUCUCAAGCCCUGUCCAGAGCUUAACACGAGCUGGGGGUACUUUCAGCAGUGAUCGUAAUCAAAGGGAGCCGGAAAAUGUACCGGAACAGGUUACUUGGGAUCGAGCCUGGCAUGCCGCAACUACAUUUCUCUCUAUUCCUGACGAGGGCUUCAGAAAUAAUGAUGAUGAUGAUGGAAUACGGGAUGAAGACACAUUGUUAAAACGGUGGGCAAAAGGGCCUCCGUCCCAACUAGUGUCCGAAAGCCUGUUCUAUGUCGGCGCGGAUUCAUCCCCUGGAAAGGCUUUGCGGCAGGGAUCAAAAGAGAAUGACGUGAAGGAGUGGUAUCUAAGUGAGAUGCGGAGACACUUUCUAACAAAUUUUCGGACUUUUCUCGUUGCGGGAUUGAAAACCAGAAAUCAGCCUGAUACCUUAUCAAAGCUGGUUCGGUACCUAAGGCUAAUAAGGAGCAUCUAUAUCACCACUUUUCUCUUAUAUUUAUCUCCCCUGUUAGACCCCGCAGACCAGGAACAAAGUCUCGCGCGGAUACAACGGAACUUCCGUACUAUCGUCACCAAGUGGAAAAAUGAACCGUCACCGGAGCGAAGACUGCAAAUGAUUAGUGGGGAAAAUGAGGAAGUCACGCAAACUAGAAAUCAGUUACUACAUCUCUUAGAGGGCCUUCAAGAAGUCGGGCUUGGGGGGGCAAACGGCCAAAAGAUAUUUGCAGGUGUAAUGAAUAACAUAUUAACCGAGUUUGUUACAUCUGCCUAUGCGGGUCAAUGGGAAUCUCCUUCGCUUGUUGAAGAGCAUUUGCGACAGUGGACCGAACAUGUUUUCGCGAGGCUGGUGGUACGGAUUUUGCAUAUCUUCAAAACCAAUGACGAUGGGGCCUUACCUGAGGAACGUCUGGAUGUCACUCUGGGUGAUGUCAAAAGGUGGCAAGAAAUGGGGAUUGCACGGCUGGGCACCCUGCGGAUCAGUGAGCUUUUCGAUGUCAUUGUCGAGUGGGAUUCGAGCAGCGGCGCAAUCGAGGACUUAAAACAUUAUACGACUAAUCCCGCGACGCGACUAUAUCUGCCCAUCACUUCAAGUUCAGACACUCUGGGUUGA